CUGGUCCGGCCCCCUGGCGCUGUCACCUGCCCAGGGGAGGAGCCACGAACGAAACUAGUCUUUCGCUGAUCUCAGACCCAGGAGUCGGGAGAACCUUUCUUGACCAUGCAGGGGUCUAAAGGAAUCGAGAAUCCGGCUUUCGUCCCUUCCAGCCCAGACACCCCACGCCGCACGUCGGCUUCACCCUCCCACGUGGAGGUCUCUGCUGUAGCCUCCAGGAAUGAGAAUGGGGAUUCACAGCCUCUGGAAUCUGGGGACCACCAGAAGUCAUCUGAGCCAUCUCUACCUGCUCCAACUCCUCCAGCUUCGGAUGAGCCGCCUGGGACACAGCUAAGCGAGCUUGAGGAGGGUCCUUGCGGGUGGAGGAACUUCCACCCCCGCUGCCUCCAGCACUGCAACACUCCCCAAGGCUUUCUGCUUCACUACUGCCUCUUAGCCCUAACGCAAGGUAUUGUAGUAAAUGGCCUAGUAAAUAUUAGCAUCUCUACCAUCGAGAAGCGCUACGAAAUGAAGAGUUCACUGACUGGCCUGAUAUCAUCAAGCUACGACAUCUCCUUUUGCGUGUUGUCUUUAUUUGUAUCGUUCUUUGGUGAGAGGGGCCACAAACCUCACUGGCUCGCUUUUGCAUCCUUUAUGAUAGGGCUGGGAGCACUGGUGUUUUCCUUGCCACACUUUUUCAGUGGAAGAUAUGAACUGGGAUCUGUUUUUGAAGAUACUUGCUUAGCCACAAGGAAUAGCACGGGAUGUGCAUUGUCAACCUCUUUGCUUUCUAACUACUUAUAUGUCUUUGUCCUGGGACAACUCUUUCUGGGAACUGGAGGAACUCCGCUCUACACCCUGGGAACAGCCUUUAUUGAUGAUUCUGUGCCCACACACAAAUCUUCUCUCUAUAUAGGAAUCGGCUAUUCUAUGUCAGUCCUAGGUCCUGCCAUUGGCUAUGUGUUGGGUGGACAGCUGUUGAAAAUGUACAUUGAUAUUGCUAUAGGAAAAAGUUCUGAUGUCACUGAGGAUGACCCCAGGUGGUUGGGGGCUUGGUGGAUUGGAUUUCUUUUAGCGUGGCUCUUUGCUUGGUCUUUGAUAAUGCCUUUCUCCUGUUUUCCAAAGUAUUUACCAGGGACAGCAAAAAUUCAAGCUGGCAAAACUUCCCAGACUCAUCAGAAUAACAGCACUUCCUUCCAAUAUAUAGAUGAAAAUUUUGGAAAGAGUAUUAAAGAUUUUCCAACUGCUGUGAAGAAUUUGAUGAGGAAUACUGUCUUUAUAUGUUUAGUUCUAUCAACUACUUCAGAAGCAUUAGUUACCACGGGAUUUGCCACGUUCUUACCUAAAUUUAUAGAAAAUCAAUUUGGAUUGACAUCCAGCUUUGCAGCUACCCUUGGAGGGGCUGUUUUAAUCCCUGGAGCUGCUCUUGGUCAAAUCUUAGGUGGUGUUCUUGUUUCAAAAUUCAAAAUGAAGUGUAAAAAUACAAUGAAGUUUGCAUUGUUUACAUCUGGAGUAGCACUUAUGCUGAGUUUUGUAUUUAUUUAUGCAAAGUGUGAAAAUGGGCCAUUUGCUGGUGUGUCUGAAUCAUAUAAUGGAACAGGAGAACUGGGAAAUUUGACUGCACCUUGUAACAGCAAUUGUAACUGUUUGCGGUCUUACUAUUACCCACUUUGUGGAAGUGAUGGAGUCCAGUAUUUUUCUCCCUGCUUUGCAGGCUGUUUAAACUCAGUUUCAGACAGGAAAUCAAAGGUAUAUUAUAAUUGUUCCUGUAUUGAAAGGAAGUUAGAAAUCACAUCUACUGCCGAAAGCAUUGAUUUUGAAGCUAGAGCUGGAAAAUGUAAAACUCGGUGCACAAACUUGCCCAUAUUUCUUGGAAUUUUCUUCAUUACAGUUAUCUUUACCUUUAUGGCAGGUACUCCCAUAACUGUGUCUAUAUUAAGGUGUGUCAAUCAGAGGCAGCGUUCUCUAGCGCUGGGAGUGCAGUUCCUGCUGCUUCGGUUGUUAGGUACAAUACCUGGACCAAUUAUAUUUGGUGUCAUAAUAGACAGCACAUGCUCUCUGUGGGAUGUCAAUGAAUGUGGAGUAAAAGGAGCUUGUUGGAUUUAUGAUAACAUUAGGAUGGCCCAUAUGCUGGUAGCCAUAACUGUUACCUGUAAAAUUAUCACCAUGUUCUUCAAUGGACUUGCGAUUGUUCUGUACAAGCCACCACCCCCAGGUGCAGAGGUGUCGUUUCAAAGUCAGACUGUAGUUGUGUCUACUAUUUCAGUGGAAGAGGAUCUCAACAAAGCCGAAAAUGAAGGGUGAAAAAGAAAAGGAAAUGGCUUUGGAAAAUUGGUUCCUGUCUGUAAGAACACUGUGCCAAGGCACCAUUGACUAGCCUGUGUGGAACAUGGUGGAGAGAGAGGGUGUUUGUUGUCUAUGUACAGAUUCCUAUUUUUGUUAGAGAGGAAAAGGAAACAAAACAAAAACCCAAAACAAAACAGGCCAGUGCCUUUGAAGUUCACCAAAAGCCUCUAACCAAACUGAUUCUUAUUUCCACCGUCUACCUAUGAAAUCAUCAAGAAGUAAUGGCCAACAACAAGUAGAUAAAAGUUCACACUGGAACACAGGUGCACACACACAAAUUAAAAUACUAGUUGUUGUUUUUGUUACUUUUUGUAAGACAGGGCCUCCCACACCGCAACUGCCUAGCCAAGGAUGACCUUUGAUCCCAGAUUCUCCUGGCCUUAUAUCUCACUUAUUGAGGUUAUAAGUCUAUGUUAUUGUUGGCUCACACCAACAUUUUUAAUAUUAUUUCUAUAACUGGUUCCACUUUAAUUUUCACUGUCAAUAGUUUGACUUAUUUGAGAAGUUUACAGCAUAAAAAUUUAAGCUUAUCAAAUUUAUGUAAUGGUUUUGGGGGCUGGUUGUUUAAAACUCAUGAAAUUAAAGGCAACUUUACAAUGUAGUUAGCUUUUAUAUCUUCUUUCACUCAUAUAUUUUCACAGUAAGUUACUGAACUGAGAGAAUGUGAGAUAGUUAUCUCCUUCGUUGUGUCCCACUACUACCCUACAGCAUUGACUACACAUUCUUAAUUUAGAUUAAGAAUUCUAGGAAAUGAUUUGUUACUAUUGUUGAAUUUUAACACUAAAAUUUAUGACUGUGAUAGUAUUAUUCAAUUACAUAUUUUCAGUGUAAAGAACAAGCUCCCGUAAUGAAAUGUGCCAACUAGACAUGACAGGAUGUCUCAAUGCACUAUUGACAAAUGCUUAUGUAUAGAAUACUUUAAAUUUUAUUUUACAAACUACUCACUUAGCACAUUACUUAUUCUAAGCUAAGCAGAGUUUCAUUUAAUAGGUAUCAGAUACUAUUACUUAGUGAAAGUUUUAAAUUCAGGGGUGCAUUUACUGGUUGCUCAAGUAUUUAAUACUCAUUAAUCACAGUAACUUAAUUUCAUCUGUGCUGGUUACUGACAAAUUUACUUAAAAUACCGAAGGAAUAGGUCACUGAGAACCAAUAAUAAAUUUUACUAUUGUUAAUAGUAAAUUAGUAUUGAAGGGCUAAGGAUGUAGCUAAGUGCAAGGUCUGAAUUUGAUACUCAGGGCUGAAAAGAUCUACUAAGGGUGAUUAUAUUUGAGUUAUUUUUGCAAAUUAAAGGGCUGUUUCUCCUUCCAGCCAACCAAUCCCUCCCCCCCCCCAGCCGCCCAACACACACACAUACACACACAAAGUUAGUUCUUUACAAGCCUUAUGUAUCAGGUUCCCAAUCAGGAAAACACAAGGCCAAAGAAAAGACUUCGAAGAAAGUCAGAGCCCGGUGGCAAGCUAUGGGUUUUGAAUGACUUGAGAACUUGGCAGCCCUUGUAAGCUGAAAUUCAAGAAGGAAGGGUGAGCUAGAAGUAAGCCUUGCAAAAACCUUGAAUAUUAAAUGAGAGGUGCAGUCUCAGGAAACGGGGUUAGACCUACUCAUCUCAGGAAUAUUUACAUACCAAAAAUCAACUUAAAAAUACAGCCAAAAUUUAGAUAUUUGGGCAUCAGACAGCUUCAUCAAGCAAAGGGACAGCACAAGAAAGAUGGGGAAAUACACAUGAUGCCAGGAGAGAAUAUUCCUCCCCACCUUUUAGGCACAUUUUAAAUAAUGCCUCCAUUGUGGACAAGAGUAAUAGAUGUUAGAAUUUCUAUAUCCCAUGUGUGGAAGCAUAGAUUCCUGUGGAAGACGAUAAGCUAAUGCAGUCUUGAGAAGCUCAGUGAUAGAAAUGUGAAGUGAGAACAAGAAAGAAAACAGACUAUGAGUAGAAAAACAUGAGUAUGUGGCCACUUAACACAGGGAGGAGGAAAAAGAAAAAAAAGCCCAAACAUAUAGUCUGAUGAACAGGUCAGGAAAGAAUUGGUAUCCUCAAUGGUUAGUGUCAUCAAACUGACAUAUCUUCAGUAUACUCAAUUUUGAAGUAUUUCUUUCACAUUUUUUACACCAACUUGCAAAUAAAAAUGGCUAAAGGGAACCAAUACUUUUGGCACUUGCAUAUAUUUUAUUAGAAAGGAUAAUAAAGUAAAUACACUACUGUAAUCUUCAUUGUUUUCACUUGUAAAUUCAUGCAGAUUAUAUGUGUUGAUAUGCUGCUUUUAGAAUAUAUUUUCAUAAUACGUACUUGCCUCAGUUCAUAAUUAUUUUAAAAUAACUUGCAGGUGUGCCUGCUGUAAUUUUGUACUUAACUGAAUAUAUCUUAAAAUUUGUAAUAUUUUAAUUUUCUUAACUGCAAAAAAUAAAAAUGCAAAACUCUUAAACAUGGAAAAAUUGUGUACAUUUGCCUUUGCUCUGUAAAUUGGAAGAUGUAAAUAACAAGUAGACCUGUUUUUGUUGCAGACAACUCUGUAAAUAAUUAGUAUAUGUAACUUCUAUUAAAUCAGAAUAUUUAUAUUA